UGCUCUGUGUUGAAUGCGCAUGUGUCCUUGUCUGCUGCUGCUGGUCGAAGUGCGACAUGAAGCUGAAGAACCUUUCCAUAAGGUUGGGGUCCACGCUUGAAGAGGGAGAUGGAGUAACCAUCUCUGGUACUCUUCCCGUUGUUUCUUGAGUAGUCCCGGUCUCUGUCUGCAGUCCUGAGGUGUGCAGACCAGAGUUGCCGUGUUGAGUUUCUUGGCCGCUGGGUGAGCCCGUAGAGACUUUCUUGCCCUUGCUGUCCAUGUCUUGCAAUCAAUGAAGUCGUUGAGUUGAGUUGCAGAAGCUCAACUUCAGAGAAUUCGCCAACCAUGCCACUCCAACGGCGUCCAGUUGCGUGAUCGUUUCCCGCAACCGCAGCGGCUGUCCCACACCUCCCCCCCUCCGUUAGCUUCACACUAACGCGUGAAGAUCCCGAGUUUCCUGGACGCUCCAAGCAGAGCAAGCCCCGCUUGCUUCGCGAACCUAAUUUGUCCCGUUCCAGUGCUCCGCAGCGCCGUAGCGGCUUGUUGGUUUCCGUCUCGUCAAGCAGCUGCUGCUCUCGUUCUGCUAAGACGUCCGCGUCGGCGGAAACGCAGGUCGCGGUUUACCCGUCAGCCAUGCCUGGGGGAGGUGUUUCGGAGGGCUCCAAUGGCGGGUCAUUUGGAAGCAAAGAGGCGGCAGAACUUGUCGCUAGCGUGCGCGAGGUGUUUCGCAGCGGGCGGACGCGGUCGCGCGAGUGGCGAGAGGCGCAGCUGAGGGGGAUCGAACGGCUGAUGAUGGACGAGGAGGAGGCGAUCUUCGCAGCGCUCGCGAAGGACCUCAAGCGAAGCCGAGUCGAGAACGUCCUAUGCGAGACGGUGCAGGUGUACCAGUCGGCCAGGCAGUCUGCCAGCAGUCUCCGCAAGUGGAUGAAGCCAGAGCGGGUGUCCACCAACUUCGUCAACGUGCCGGCGCGCAGUGAGAUCGUCUCAGAGCCCUUUGGAGCCGUGCUCAUCUUCGCUGCCUGGAACAUGCCCUUCUUGCUCUCCUUGGACCCCCUUAUUGGCGCCAUAGCAGCAGGCAACGUGGCGGUGCUCAAGCCGUCUGAGCUGGCGCCAGCGUCAUCCGCCCUGCUGGCAGAGCUGCUGCCACGCUAUGUGGAUAAGGAGGCAGUCCGAGUGGUGCAGGGCGGCGCUGACGUGGCAACCGCCCUGCUGGAGUCCCGAUGGGAUAAGAUAUUUUUCACAGGAGGAGCAGCCAUCGGGCGAAGGGUGCUGGCAGCAGCGGCCAAGCAUCUCACGCCAGUGGCUUUGGAGCUGGGGGGGAAGAACCCCGCUUACAUCGACAGCUCUGCGGAUUUCAAUAUCUGUGUGAAGCGCAUAGCGUUUGGCAUGUGUGUGAAUGCGGGGCAGAGCUGCCUGUCGCCGGACUACGUGCUCGUGGAAGAGUCCGUGGCGGACCAGUUUACCGACCACCUGCGGCGCACCCUGACCUCGUUCUACGGCUCGGAUCCGAAGCAGAGUCCGGACCUGGCGCGCAUCGCCACGCCUGCCAGCUGGGCUCGGUUGCACGCGUUGCUGUCAGACCCGGCCACGAGAGAGCACAUUGUGGUGGGGGGGGAGACGGAUGAGGCGACACGGUACGUAGCGCCCACCAUAAUCCGAGACGUGUCCUUGGACGCCCCAGUUAUGCAGGAGGAGGGCUUUGGGCCCGUCAUCGCCGUCAUCAAGGUGCGAGGGUUGGACGAGGCGAUUGAAAUCAUUGCCGGCCGCCCCAAACCUUUGGCGCUGUACGUGUUCACGACUCAGAGCGCCGUGAUCGACCGCUUUGUCAAGGACACCUCCUCCGGUGCUGUCUGCGUCAACGACACCACCUCCCAUUUCGUAAAUCCAGCGUUGCCAUUCGGUGGGGUGGGAGACAGUGGCAUGGGCAGCUAUCACGGGAAGCAUUCAUUUGACUGCUUCAGCCAUCGCAAGGCGGUCAUGGUGAAAGGCACGCUGCUGGAUUUCCCGGUUCGAUACCCUCCUGGCAGCCUGUUCAACGAGAAGCUCGUGAAAGCACUCAUGAACAUGUGGGUUGUGCAAAUAGUCUUGGUGUUCUUAGGCUUGAAAUAGGUGCCUCCUUAUGCUAGUGAUGUUGUGUACCCUUGUAAAUAGUUGGAAAACUUUUAUGCAGUAGCACACUUGUCGUCCUCAAACGAGGCUGCUCCUGUGGGGUCUGGCAGAUUU